GGCGCCGAGCGGACUGUCCGCCGCCCGGACGCAGGACUUCCACGGCCAGCUCCGGCCUGCCGUCGGUGCUAACCGCGUGCCCCUCUUCGCCUGUCUGCCGCGGCCAUGCCAGAGCACGCCAAGCAGGGCCGCCUCCGGCUCCCGGUCCUGCUGCUGCUGCUGCUUUCCGCCUCGGCGCAAGGGAACAGCAAGGUGCUUGACGAUGUGGACCAGGUACGCAUGACCUCUGAAGGCUCUGACUGCCGCUGCAAGUGUAUUUUGCGACCGCUCAGCAAAGAUGCCUGCAGCCGCCUUAAGGAGGGCAAGAUGCGAGUGGAGGAUUUCUACACGGUAGAGACAGUCAGCUCAGGUGCCGACUGCCGGUGUUCCUGUACUGCUCCACCAGCCUCCCUCAAUCCCUGUGAGAAUGAAUGGAAGAUGGAGAAGCUCAAGAAACAGGCACCUGAGCUCCUCAAGCUGCAGUCAAUGGUUGACCUUCUGGAGGGGACCCUGUAUAGUAUGGACAUGUUGAAAGUGCAUUCAUACAUCAACAAGGUGGUCUCACAGAUGAACACUCUUGAGGAGACCAUCAAGACCAACCUGAGCCGGGAGAAUGACUUUAUGAAAGAGAGCGUCCUGCAUCUGAGCAACCAGAUGAAGCGUUAUGAGAACUAUUCAGACAUUAUGAUGGGCAUCAAGAAGGAACUCUCCAGCCUGGGAUAUCAGUUGCUACAGAAAGAUGCAGCUGCCGUACCUGAGACCAAAGCACAGGACACAACUGGAGGAAAAGAGAGGGACAAUGGUGGGAAGUACUCUGGCAGUCGGAAAAGCCUGGGGGACAAGACAGUAUCAAAGGCUCCCAAGGAGAAGCCACCCAAACCAGAGAAGCCACCCAAACCGGAAAAGCCAAGAAAGGAAAGUGCAAAGGGGCGGCUGGGACCAUCAUUGCCCACUUCCAAACCUAAAUCCUCAGGGCACCAACAAACUGUGAUCCGAGGUGUCACUUACUACAAGGCUGGACAUCAGGAAGAAGCAGAGGGGCUGGUGAUCACCCGUGAGAAUCACAUAAAGGGGGCACUGCAGAUGGAGCAGCAAGAAAGCAAAGGCCCUGCGGCCCAACCAGCUCAGGAGGUACAGACAAGAGCUUGGGAAACCCCUGCAACAAGGCCCAGCACUACUGGAAGUCCCAGAACCAGCAGCACUCGGCCUCCCAUUAUGAGCACUCCAACUCCACUGAGCACUGGUUUUCCCACUGGAGCACAUGACAACAUCACUGAAGGGCCCGAAACACCCAGCCAUGUACGUGAGGCAGUGUGUGAAGGUACGCUGGAGUCAGUGGAGGCUCCUGAGAAGCACCACAGCUAUGGACGCAACGAGGGAGCGUGGAUGAAGGACCCAGCUGCCAAAGACAACCGCAUCUUCAUCACCAACUAUUACUACGGAAACAGCCUGGUGGAGUUCCGCAACCUGGACAACUUCAAACAAGGACGUUGGAGCAACUUAUACAAACUACCAUACAACUGGAUCGGGACGGGCCAUGUGGUAUUCCAGGGAGCUUUCUACUACAACCGGGCCUUCACCAAGAACAUCAUCAAGUACGACUUGCGGCAGCGCUAUGUGUCAGCCUGGUCCUUGCUACAUGAUGUGGUCUAUGAGGAUACCACACCGUGGAAAUGGCGGGGCCACUCAGACAUUGACUUUGCUGUGGAUGAGAGUGGCCUGUGGGUGAUCUAUCCUUCUGUGGACUAUGACUAUUCCCAGCAGGAGGUCAUUGUGGUGAGCAAGCUGGAUCCUGGUGAUCUGUCCAUCCGCAAGGAGACCACAUGGAAAACAGGCCUCCGGCGUAACUCCUACGGGAACUGCUUCAUUGUCUGUGGUAUCCUGUAUGCUGUGAAUGCGUACGAUGCAAAGGAAGGGCAGGUGACCUAUGCCUAUGAUACGCACACAGACACUGAAGCCAACCCUAAGUUGCCCUUCAUUAAUGAGUUUGCAUUCACCACCCAGAUUGACUAUAACCCUAAGGAGAAAGUCCUCUACGCCUGGGACAAUGGACACCAGGUCACCUACAGACUGCACUUUGUUGCCUGAGCGUUUGCUCCUCCCUUGCCACCAAACAGAAUAUGUGCCGGGAUAAAGCCUCCUCCCUAUUCUGAUACUGGCAGACGCCCCAGAUGGAGAACUGCUCCUGGGACUACUGAUGAGUCAAAGGCCAUUCCAAGGAGGGAGGCCAUCCAAGGCCUUCUGGGAAAACCCCAAAAAGCUUUCUAGUGGUCAGCUUGUCCAACAUGUUGAAGGGCGACAGCAGGAGGGAGAGAAGCGUCUUGCUAAAGAGACAUGUUUUACCCUUUCUCACACUGAAUGCUUACUCAUUCCUUUCGCCCUGCUAAGAUAUUGUGCUUUUGCAUCUUAUAUUGCAGGAUGCAGGCAGCAAGUGACAAUGGGCAGUAGUGGUGCGAUGUUGAUAUCCACAGGUUGGGUGCAGGGUACUGUUUGCUAGUUCCUGCUCAAGUGUGGUGAUGUGACCUAGGCAAUCCCAUGCCAACAAUGCACCUGUCCACUUUCCUUGGGUCAGCCCACUCCUGACUGUGGGGUUGAGUAUGUGGAGUAAAGCAGAUCCCAGUGGUGAAGGAAGAGAGUGUGUCCAUUUGGCUAAAGUUUCCCCCUGAACUUUUCCAGGGAACAGUCUCUCAUAUGCUUUUGCAGCCCCCUUCCCCAGUACACCUGCCUUUCUCUGGCCACCUUUCCAAAAAGUGCCCAUAAGAACAUGUCAGCCAGUUCCAUGAAGCCCACACCCCAUAAGCAAAGUGGCUGUUUUGUGACAGAUAUAUCUCAUUGUGGGACUGAAGUUUAAAAUAUUACCCUGAUAAAAUUCUCUAAAACAUUGACCUGGGUUCCAUCCCCUCCCCACUCCUUUUCAGAAUCUUGUUUGUAUCAUUUUCAUAAUCUUUAUGAGCUCAGUUCAGCUCCUCCAGCACAUGCCCCACUGUAAUGAAUGAAUCCAACUUGAGGGGGCCUUAGUGUACCAGGCUUUUCUGGUGGAUUGUCGUUCUCUCAUCCUGUUGCAAAGUGAGUUUGGCGUUUUCCAUUUAAAUAUCCUUUAAGAUACAGAAAAUAGCUUGCCUUGGGUGGGUGACUCAAAGAAGGAUGAAUAGCCUCAAGACUUCACGCUCAUUCCAUAUUGCAGUCACUUUAGACUUCCGCUGUAGACUUCCAUUACCUAUUUGAGGAGAGCAAAGAGAGCAAGCCAACCCAUGGUUUGUGUUGGGGUAGGAUGAGCAUGGGGAAAUGGGGUUAUUGUGUUUGUUUAAAUGUAUGGAGUUUUGGCAUUGCUCCUUGUUGGAUACUAAGGCUGGGCUGAGAAAGAAUGCCCCAUGGAGAGGCUAGAGAAGCCAUGAGGCUGACUUGGACUUUGCCAGUUAGGAGGAGGAGCAGAAGGCGUGGAUAAUUUUGAAAGCCAUUGUAAAUUUGCCUUAUUCCAUUUAAUGUGCAUAUCGUUUUCAUGAACACACUUAUGCCAAGGUGAUCUUAUAUUGUUACCUUUGUAUUUUGAAAUUAUUUCCCUUUGAGAGUGGAGGUCUUGGCUGAGGCUUUGACCUAUUCUUAACGCAUGGAGUUCUUGGCAUUCAUAAGCACUGAAAAGGAAGAAGGAAGGCAGCUUUUCUUUCUUUCUUUCUUUCUUUCUUUCUUUCUUUCUUUCUUUCUUUCUUUCUUUCUUUCUUUCUUUCUUUCUUUCUUUCUUUCUUUCUUUCUUUCUUUCUUUCUUUCUUUCUUUCUUUCUUUGCUUUUGAGAUUUUGAUACUUUAUUUGCAUCACCUUCACAAAGUUAUCUCUGCAUCUUCUCAGGAUCUCAAUGUAGUGCCAUAGGCCUUUUAAAAGAGUACAUGCAGGCCCCUCCAGCUUUCUACAGUUUUUCUCCCACAAGGAUUGCUUAAUGCCUACCAGUUGCUAAUGCCCCAGGAAAAAAAGAGAGCUGGACGGGGGGGGGGGGGUCAGGAGGUCUGCUUUUGCAUGACAACAUUAAUGUUUUCAUUUUUGUAUGUCUGAAAUUAAAAUCUUUUAAACAUAA